AACAAUUCAUUCCAUUGCACAGCUUUCCAUGAGAAGCUAGCCUGUCCCAACGGUUAUGUCAAGUUCCAGGACAGAUGCUUCAGCUUCUCUACUGACCGGCCGAACUACGCUGGUGCCAGGUCUGCCUGUCAAAUUCUCGGUGGGCGUCUUGCCAUGCCUAAGGACCAGGCAACCAACAACUUCCUGGUCAACCAACUGACCAGGUACUCCAUUGGCUCCAUCUGGUUCGGCCUGACAGAUCAGGCAGAUGAGGGAGCCUUUGUGUGGGAAGACGGGACGGCGCUCACCGGCUGGUCUGACUGGUAUACAGGGGAACCUGACGAUGGUGGCUCUGGUGAGGACUGUGUUGAGUGGAGAGACGUCUAUGGCUACAAGUGGAACGAUAUUCCAUGCUCCUUUAGUAAAUAUUAUGUGUGUGAAGUCAGUGCAGCUGUUCCCUAGCCGAAGUCAAGUAUACCUUCACUGGUCAUAACCAACAACGAGUAAGGAGAUUGAAUUCUGUCAGUUUGGUGUGAUUUUGUCCUACCUAGACAAAACCAUUUUCUCGGUGUUUGACAUAGAUAUAAGGACUUUCAUUGUGAGUUCAUUCUAUCUAACAAGCUAUCUAAGUUUAUCUACAGCUUAGGUAAAUAGCAAAAUAAUAAUCUUCAUAGGUAGGGUCAGAAUGGAUUAUAAACGUGUAGUACAGUACAGGUUCACUGCUAAUGACUUACAUUGAGUACAGAGAUUGAGGUGUAUGGUUUAUGGUUCCAGACAAAAGAGAUAGUCUUGAAGCUUCAGGGACCCGACUCUCAAACUAUGUCAUUUUACGUUUGUACUAAGGUACUAAGUGUAACUUCAGUUCAGUCAAGUAUAAUCGUAACAGGUUGGGGCAGAUGGGAAUGUGGGCAUGUAAAAGUGAUAUUUGCACAUUUGAUGCAGACGUGUACGUCUUUCCCGUGACUAGAAAUAAAGCAAAGUUUACCAGUAAUGAUCUCUGUCUUAUUGUGCAUGCAUCAUCGCAAUAUUUUCAGUC